AUCCUGACUGGGCGUCCUAUAAGCUGGGUUUAUUUGUGUGUCUGAACUGCUCUGGAGUGCACCGCAACCUGUCCAACAUCAGCCGCGUCAAAUCCAUACGACUCGACUUCUGGGAUGACGAGCUAGUGAAGUUCAUGAAAACCAAUGGAAAUGCCACAGGCAGAGCCAUCUAUGAGAAAGCAGUCCCAGCAUUCUACUACCGGCCCCAGAAAGAAGAUUGUGCCGUCUUAAGGGAGCAGUGGAUAAGAGCAAAAUAUGAGAGGAUGGAAUUUACCGGCGAGACAAAGUAUCCUCCACUGGCCUACACGACAGGUUUCUAUGAAGGGAUGCUGUGGAAGAAGGGGAAGGGACAGUUUCAGAGAAGGAAGUUUGUUCUGUCUGAGAAGGAAUUCACCCUGGCUUACUACAACAAGGAGGAUCCGUCCAAAGGGCCCAAAGCGCUCAUCUCCAUCAAAGACGUGAAUGUGACCUUUCAACCUGAGAAAAUUGGUCACGCMCAUGGUCUGCAGAUUACCUACCAGGAAGACAGCCACACCAGAAGUAUUUUUGUCUACCACGAAAGUGGAGAGGAGAUUGUCAACUGGUUCAAUGCCAUUCGAGCUGCUCGCUUUGCCUACCUGAAAACAGCAUACCCCACAGGAAGUGAUAAAGAAUUGAGGACUAGAAUUACCAGAAACUACCUCAAAGAAGGAUACAUGGAGAAGACAGGUCCUAUGCAAAGGGAGACGUUCAAAAAGAGAUGGUUCAUCUUGGACUCCCAAGACAGGAAGCUCCUUUACUUCAAAAGCCAGCUGGAUGCUGAGGAGCUGGGAGUUGUGUUCAUCGGCACAGAGACCAAUGGUUACUCAGUGAGUGAGUGCAUUCCCAAAAGGACCAGAGGCAACAGGUGGAGGUGUGGCGUCACAGUGGAGACGCCGGACCGCCAGUUUGUCUUCAUGUGUGAGCAGGAGAGGGAGCAGAGAGAGUGGGUGGAGGCCCUCAGACAGGUCAUCUCUAAACCCAUGCAGCCCCAGGACUAUACCACUGAAGCCAACAUCCGAGGGAAGAGUUGACUUUUGAGAGAGAGCUGAGGGAAGAGUUGACUUUUGAGAGAGAGCUGAGGGAAGAGUUGACUUUUGAGAGAGAGCUGAGGGAAGAGUUGACUUUCGAGAGAGAUUCCACCAACAUUGGCUGCAAAAACCCACUCUGAAGACUAUCAUCUACACUGAACAAAAAUAUAAGCGCAACAUGCAACAAUUUCAAAGAUUUUACAGUUUCAAUAAGGAAAUCAG